GGCUGCUUGAUCAUCGACAGAAGAGUGUACGAGCACCCAUUCGUUCGUUGUCUGUCUGCUCGAACCAAUACGCACACACAGCCAAAGCUCAUCCACGGCACACAACCUAUGAACAAAGUUACGGAAAAUAAAAGCAGCAGCGCACAGGCAUGCACACACCAUCGAUCGACUCACGGCUGUCGAUCGAUCAAUGAACACACGAAAAAUGCAUUGCAGUGUGGGCAAAUCACACACAGAGACAGAAACCACGGACACUCCUUUUUUGUCUCAUCCCCACACCAAGAGAGAGGAGUGGGAUCACACACAAGGCACAGCACAGCACAGCACCGAACAUAGGGCUACAUAUGAUGUACACGAUGUGUCUGUCUGCUCUGCUGUUCCCUCCCUCCCUCAUUCAUACGUUGGCCAGAUCACCGCCGUCUUGUGGGUUGCUCACAUUCCCCAGCACAGCUGCCGGAGGCCCAUGGGACACGACGGGGGCAGGCACAGACACCGGGGCGGCCGCACCUGCAUGACGCUGCCCCUUGACCCUCAGCCUCUCCACGCACUUGACGACGACAUCGAAAACUAAUAGUAGCAUCAUGGGGCCGGAAGUGACGGAUGAGGCUGCGAGCAUGAGAUAGGGGCCCACACCAACCUCACACGGCGCUGCGUGCAUGUCGCCCGUCAUGGCGUCAAAGCACCAGUCGACGUUGGUCAGGUGUUUCCAUACGAAGAAGGCAACAAAGGAAAAGCCAUAGCUUGCCGUGAACAAGACAGCGGCAAUGACAUUGAAGUGACGGCGUGGGAUGCCGCAGCAACCGGCUGUCGGCCCGGGAUCAUAGUAAUAACACUUCUUCGAGGCCAAGAGAAAGCACCCAAGGGAUACUGGGCCGAGGGCGGGACCGGCGGUCACCGCGACCAAGACAACAAAGCCCGCGAUGUAGUAACGUCGCCAUGCAGCGGCCGCCUUGUCUUCGUCCCUCUCGUGGCGCUUGUCAAUAAGGAAGCCGUACGCUGCCUCACACUCACAGGUGCUUCCCGAGUCGUCACUCGUGUAUGUGCACUUCGCGAAUCGCACUCGUGUGUCGACGGUGUCGCGUCCGCACCAGAGUUUGGCGUCGGCUCCAUCCACAAGCUUCAGCCGGACCGUGUAGGCCGUGAUGGUGUAUACCUGCUCCAUCUCCUCAUACAACUGCGGAGAGAGUGAGUGCGGGUGAGCGGCUCCAUCUCGGUGUACGUGGG